GCACGCUGCAACCAACGAUAAUCUGUAGCGCACGUUUUAUUGAGCAUUGAUUUGUGCUUAUUAACUUACGCAGAACAAAACAAUAAGCGAACUCAGAGAGUAGCAUCAGUUUGGGAACGAUUGCAAGUUGUCAUAUCUCGCGCUAGCUAAGCCAGACAGAAAUCAAGCACAGAAUAUAAAUAAUUGUAAAGGUACAUUAUUUCCGCCGAUGAUUCACGGGUUUUCAACUCCGACAAGUGUAAUAAAUUUAUCGAACUAAACUAAAAAAUUCAACUGGCAAAAUGGCGCUCAAUGAUUUGAAAAUCCGCACCAAGGAUGGAGAAAUACUUGAAACCCGAGAGAUAUUAUUUGAAAAAUCUUCUAUAGUUCAAGAAGCGAAAAAGGUUUCGAUGGAGAAAGGCUGUAUUUUGUUAAAUACAAUAACAUCAAAUAUUUUGCGUCGCGUCAUCAUUUGGGCAGAAAAAUGCGACAAUGAUUCGUAUGGAUUGGAAAAUGGUGAAGUGGAGAAAUGGAAGGAGAAUUUCUUCGAUGUCGACAAUGAGACACUAUUCCAAAUUAUAAACGCCGCUGACGAUUUGCAGCAAAAGGAUCUGGUCAAAAGAGCUAUUGAAAAAGUGGUGAAGGAAAUCGAAGACAAAACAGCACCGGAAAUAGCAAAAUACUUCAAUCUGCGUUCGAAAAACGUGCAUUUGUAAGUUGUACUUGUAGCUAAAAAUGUAUGUAUGUAUGUAUUUGUAAACUUGUUUGAAAUUAAAAGUAUUAGCAAAAAAUGUAUAAUUGUGUGGAGAAAAAUAUUAUUAUUAUUAUUAAUAUUUAUAGGAGAUAUAUACAAUAUAACCCAGCUUAAUCAGCACACUGGAGAAAAAUAUUAAUUUGUGGGAAAUAUUAUAUUUUUAUUUUUUUUUACUUCGACAUAACAAAAAUUGUGCAUACAUAUAACUCCACUUAAUAGAUGUAAAUUUUCUAUUUAGAAGGACGAAGAAAUAUAAAAAGAGGACUGAAAAAAUGGUUUC